AUGAAAACCCACUUGGCAAAGCAUGGCAUAUACUGCCCGACCUCCAGUACACAGCCAGCGAAGAAGGGACCAGACAUUCGGAGUUUUAUGGGUGGUAAACAGAGUCUCAUCCAUCAAGAGGUCUUGGAAAGGAAUGCCAUUCGCUGGAUCGUGACUGAUAUAAAAGCCUUCACCACUGUCAAGUCUCCAGAGUUUCAGCAAAUGUUCCGAGACAUUCUUGGGAUUGAGCCUCCAUUCACUUCUCACCGCACCUUGCGGGAUCGAAUCAUCCAAGAUGGAGAAAAUCUGGCAAUUGCAGUGGAAAAUAUGCUUAUUGAGUUGAGUCUCGAGGACAAGCUCAUUUCCAUUACAGGCGACAACGCCAGUAACAACGAGGCCAUGGCAUCGGAGUUAUACUUCUUUCUUUCCGACCGACCUAGGGUGGAAGACGCCAUGCUAGCACCACUCUAUCGAGGUCUUGACAGCUACAUCCGCUGCCUGGCUCAUGUCCUCAAUCUGAUUGUGAAAGAUAUCCUCCGUAACCUGGGGUCAGGGAUGGUGGAAGGAGCGCAAGUUGCCUGUGACUGUUUACAGACUGGUAACUCGAUCACCGAUAACUCCGCAAUAGGGAGAUUACGGGUCCUCGCUCUUUGGAUUAACCGAAGUCCUCAGCGCCGACAGAAAUGGAAGGAGAUUUGCAGACUCAACAACCGUCCAGACAAAUUCGUUGCGUACGAUGUUACGACACGACGGAACUCGACAUUUCGCAUGGUCGAUGAUGGCUUGAAGUCAAGGCAACAAGUCAACAAGUUCCUACACCUUCAGGACGAACUCCCGUCGUUCACUCUCCAAGAUUGGUCACGGCUGGAACAGAUUCACACAGUACUCCACAAUUUCAAUGAGCUUACUUUGUUCAUUUCGAAACGAAAUCCACAAAUCAGCCUCGCAGUCCCGAUUUACUAUGAGCUACACGAAUUGCUCGAUGACGUGCCAGAGGGCAAUGGUGACUUCGCAAAACUGGAUCGAGAUAUCAUAGCUGCAGUGAAAGAAGGGAUGAAGAAAUACAAAAAGUACUAUUCCAUUAUGGAUGACUGCGAUACCUACUACACUGCCCUCGUCUUGGAUCCCCGAGUCAAAGGUGAAAUGGUCUUACGGGAACUUCAAGAUGGCAAUGCAGGGACAAUGAUUAUGGAAACGAUCCGCACCAAUCUACAUCAGGUAUACGCGGCUAGUAACCUGGAGCAUGAUGCCGCUGCAUCAAAAUCGUCUUCCCUGCAGCAUAGUGAUGUGGAGUCUAGAAUGCUGAAGAAGUUGCAGGCGCGAGAUCCACAGCUCUCAGAUAUUGAUAAGUACUUCGACACCCCUCCGAUCAGCGUCGCAAAUACCACCGGCCAGAACUGGCUCUGUAAUUGGUGGAAGAUGCACAAGGGCAAGCAUCCGCGGAUGGCAGAAGCAGCCAGGGACUAUCUAGCGAUUCCUGCUUCUGAAGUUGCUGUUGAGAGAGUCUUUAGUACAGCGAGGGAUGUACUAGGCAUCCGAAGAUAUUCUUUGAAAGGGGAUACCUUAAGAAUGCUGAUGUUGAUUCGCGAUGGGUAUAAGUGGUAG